GAAAUUUUAACGUCACAUUUUAACCAUCUGCAAUCGAGGAAGGUGGUUAAGAAUGUUUUAAAGUCAUAUUAUGUUAGUGAAUAAUAAAAUGUUGAGUGACGAAGUGUAUUAUUAUAGCGAUGCUACUUUUCAAUUGGAGAUCAACCUUCAAAAUAAACGCAGGGAGCUGAUAGCGAUGCUGGACGCGAUCGAACUACGGGAUUGUUUAGUCUGCUACCAACUCAAGUGUCGCUGUAACAAAACUAUUGAAAAUGGCAACAACGCUACACAUAAAAAAGAAGACGAGCCAGCGCCAGCGACACCGGAAAAAGAAAACAUGAACGAUGAAAUCGAAGCGUUGAUUAAAUCCAGCAAGAUCGCGGGCGACACAAAGGGAUUGUCAGAAAACGAAAAGAAAGUGCUACAGAUUAAACAGAAUCUCUUGAAAGACAGCGCCGCGGUGGAAGCGUUUUUUAAAUCGUUCAAACUGCCGCCAAAAACCUCGGUGACGUUUAUGUCAAAUAAAUUGGCGGAAGCUUUUUUGCGCGCGAAACAAACGAAAGCAGAGUAUAGUUACUUCUAAUAACGAUUACCUAAAUAAUAUCGAUUAUUAGUGAAUUUUUAAGAUUUCUUAAAGAGAUAUAGUUUAGAAUGGUUAUCGUAGAUUAUUUGAUAAUUUAAAAACAAAGUCGUUAGGUAUUGCCUCAAGGAGCUAUUUAGUUAUCGUAUAUAUUUUAUGA